AUGGAUGUGGUGAAGGCACAAGAACAGGUUGUCAGUACUUUGCACCAUCUCACUAUAGAGGCUAUUGAUGCGGGAAAGAAGAAACUCUAUGAGGCAAAGGUCUGGGUGAAGCUGUGGUUGAACUUCAAGGAAUUGCAAGAAUUCAAGUAUGCUGGCAAUGCCACCUCAUUUACCCCUUCAGAUGUUGGCGUUAAGAAUGGUAGAUAA